UAUGUCCUCUCUCUCCUCUCUCUAUCUCUCUUGUGAAUAUAUGGCAUCUCCGAUCCCAACAAAAUUAACUAAAUUUCAGUUAGCAACAGCUAGCUCUCAUUCUCAUGGCUUUGUACAAAGAGAGUCGAAUUCUGCGAUGGGCCAAAACCCUCUUCUUUCUUCUCAACAUGUUGGCUUCUCUGCUUCUUGUCUGUGCUCCUCCUCUGCUUGUUGUGAUUCUAGAUUUGCUUCUUCCGUCGGCGCUGCUGUCGGCUGCAUCUAAUCCCGCUUUCUCAGCGGUGGGCGUUUUAUCGCAGCUCAAGAGUUAUCGGUUUCAAUCGUCGCUUGUUGAUGUGCCUCUUGUCUCGGUUGCUAGGUCCCUGCUCAUCCUAUGUGUGUAUUUGGUUUGUGAAGGGCGAGGGCCGUACUUAGGAAUUACGACGGUUUGCAGUAUCGGGUCGAUUGGGUUCGUAUCGCUCAAGGCGACGACCAUGUUUGGGACCGAGAUGGUACAAGGUCGGCGCCUGCUUGCGAUCGGAAACAAGGACGGUGCUGCGGUUGACGCUUUGUUCUUGAGCUCCAUGGCGCUGGCGAUGGCUCAUAUUCUGGUGGGUUAUAGAACUAGUUGCCGGGAGAGGAAAAAGCUGCUCGUGUACAGGAUCGACAUUGAGGCGGUAAAAUUAAAGGAUAUCAAGGUCUAGGAGAGAUUGGAGAUUGAAGAAACUUCCAACUCCCAUCACUUCUGAAGAUACGUACACGGAUAAAUACCUUCGGUAUUAUUGAAAGCAAGCAGAGAUUUAAUUAUAACGACCUUUUCUUUACGAUUUCAAUUUUGUAUUUCUUAUGUACAUACAUACCGGCACUCCUGCUUAAGCAACCACAUGGGUUUGGGUUGAUUAAAUUGUAUAUAAUCUCUUCUUUUUUAUCUUUGUCGUCUUCGUUAUUAAAGAAAUUAUAAAAUAUAUCUCAUGUUGCUGGCUUUGGAAGAACA